AUGAAACUUGCCAUGCGUGUUGCUGUGCUCUCUGCACUCACUUGCGCAGUUGUGGCUUGGCGUCAUGACGCCGAGGAAGCUUUAGAGGAUGCGAAGAGCUUGGCUGAGCUCGCGCCGCACGAGGCUGAGCAAGAUGAAGAAAGUUCUGCUCACCACAGCAAGAACAUCGAUGACCUUGACAUCACGGGCCAGACCCACACCUGCUGCUGCAAGUAUGCAGACUACACAAAAAAGGUGUGUGGAGGCAAAGCAAAGUCGCCCAUGUACAAGUACAUCUACAAAAGCUUGAGCGAGUGCAAAUUUGACCCAUGGCUCUGCGAGUCUCAUCCUGGUUGGACUGCUAUCAUUAUGGGCAAGUCGGCUACAGAGGCUGACUGUGACAAGCGCAACGGAGGCUCAACAUCGAGCAUGUGUGCCCACAGGUAA